AUGUUCAGAAGAAAGGCAUUUCGAAUAACGAAGGAGGUGGAAAUUCAAGUUCUUAUUUGGUUAAAUCAUUUUCUAAUGUUGAUCCAAAAAAGAAAAGGAAAAAGUGUUCAAAUUAUUCAGACAGAGGAAGAAAAGAAAAGAUUGCAAGCCAUAGAAAUGGAGAAACAAAGGCAGAUAAACAUCUUAAAUAAGAGGAUGAAUGAUCCUCCUGGCAUGAACAAAAGUGACCGGAACAAAAAAUGGUGCUAUGAAACGAUAGAGAUAGAAGUCAUUGCUAAGCCAAAUGAGUUUACAAAGAAGUCGAAGAAGAGCUAUGACAUUGAGAAAUCGAAUUUCAAUCAACCAUCUUUUAUUUACAUUCACACAGUUCAAUUUAUCUGA